GAGGCUGAACUUGUGGGACGCUCCCUGUCAACAGCCGGUUUCAAGGGGACCCGCAGCAGCGCGUGAGGCUGCGGCUGUUCCCCCGACUCCUGCUGUCACCCUCCCAUCAGCUUUCAACUACGUUCACCAACUUUUAACAAGUUUCAGUAACUUUGUGCUCAGUUCACCGAGUCUCUGGCGGGCUACAGCGGAGCAUUCAGCCCGGAGCGGCCCCGAGAGGAACCGUUAACUUCAGCUGCUGCUUCAGGGAGAACCAGGAGAACCGAGGAGAACCAAGGAGAUACGCGACCUGCAGUUUCUGCCGGUGAGCCGCUGCCCCUCCUCGGUAAGGGACCGUGGUGAAAGGGCCAUUCCUCCAGUGCGCCACCGGACGUGCAGCGGGGAGCCUUGAAACCUCCAUGUUGGGAAGUUAGACUCCAGCCCGCGGCUCCAUAUUGAAUCAAAGUCUCCGGCUCCACCCCCAUCCCGUGUGCUGCUGGCUGCAGCGGCCGAAGCUGGGUCACCUCCCCCGGGCUGCGAUGGACGAGCUGUAGCCGACUUUGCUCCGUGUUCCACAGAUCCGUGUCACCCUGAAGAGAGACGUCCGCAGCUAGAAGAGAUGGAUCCGAGCUCCGUCAUCACACAAGUGAACCGGGAGGAGGAGGCGAGCCGAGCCGGAGCGGAGCGAGGCUCUUCUCCGUCUCUCUCCACCAAGAAGCCGAGGAGCAGAGGUUUCUUCUCCAGCCUGUUCUGCUGCCUCUGCCGGGACCAGCCAGAACCCCCGCCAGUCAACAACAAUGCCCCUUUGCUGGUGGAGGAGAACGGCACCGUCUCAAAGAUCCAGGUGAAGCCGCUGCUUCCUCCACUGAAGUCAAAAGACUCUGGAAAGAUCUGUGUGGUCAUAGAUCUGGACGAGACGUUAGUCCACAGCUCCUUCAAGCCUGUGAACAACGCAGAUUUCAUCAUUCCUGUGGAUAUAGAAGGAACCGUGCACCAGGUGUACGUUCUGAAGCGACCGCACGUCGACGAGUUCCUCAAAAGGAUGGGAGAGCUGUUUGAGUGCAUCCUGUUCACCGCCAGUUUAGCCAAGUACGCAGACCCUGUUUCCGACCUCCUGGACAAGCGGGGCGUCUUCCGCUGUCGCCUCUUCCGAGAGUCCUGCGUUUUCCACCGAGGAAACUACGUGAAGGACCUGAGCCGCCUGGGUCGCGACCUGAACAAGGUCAUCAUCAUUGACAACUCCCCCGCCUCCUACGUCUUCCACCCCGACAACGCAGUGCCUGUGGUCUCGUGGUUCGACGACAUGUCCGACACCGAGCUGCUGGACCUCCUCCCGUUCUUCGAGAGGCUGAGCAGAGUGGACAACGUCUACACGGUCCUCCAGCACCAAGGCCCAGAGAGCUAACCUGACCUCCUCCUCUCCGAGCACGGCCGCACAUCACGUCAACCAGCUCCUGAACCUGGGAGCGUUUCCCUGAAUACAUCCAUCUCCAGGAGUCAUCACUGCCACCUACUGGCCAAACAGAAAUCUGCCUAACUUCACGAAAUUGAUGAAGGAAUAAAUGUUGGAGGACGUUUCUCCACUGAACCUGACCAUGAAGCUCGAAGCAGGAGGCGUGAGGAAAGGGAUUAUGGGAAAGUUCCACGAUCGGACGACUCAGAGUGUGUUUGUUCUUAGAAAACACCUGAGUCAUGUUAUGUCCGUCACUCAGACUCAUCUUCUGCCGCUGUCAUCACGUGACACUCAAGCUUUUACAGCAAAGUCAUCGGAACCAGGAUCGUGACGUCAAGUUAAACCAGGAAUCGAUGAUCCUCCCUUCACUGCAGUUUAGAUUUACAAAUCCCAGUUUGAGUAUUUAAUAAUAAUAGUUAAUAAGAUUUUUCUAUAAAAUCAAUAUCUUUAAACAACAGGAAGAAAGGUAAAAUUUGAAGCACAGGAUCAAAUCAAUGUAUUAAUAGGACGACUGCAGACUUUUAUUUUCCCAAACUCCGACUCGUGUACGAACCUGAAACCACCUGAAUGUGCCGUGAAGCAGCCGACGCCGGACGCCGUGGACGGCCGGAGCACCAACGUGUCCCUCCACCUGCGAGACCAGAGGACCAGGAUCUGAAACCAGCCGACUUCAACUUGUUUUUUAAAAAGUUCUGUAACUUGUUUUUAAAGCCACGAACAAAACUUGAAUUUCUCAAGGCGUUGAAAGUUUUCUUUUUUAUGAAGCGGUACCCGUUCGCUUGAAGCUGUUUCAGGACUUUGUAAUGAAGCAUGUCGGACAUGUUGGCCUGUCGGCUUAAUUCUAUUAAAGCUCUAUGACUUCCUGAUUGGCCGUCUGGUCAACAGGAGGCUCUGUUGUGUCGGCCAUGUUGGACUCUGACGAAUGAAAGCGGUGGAUUUAAGGAAAGUCGGUGACGUAAACGAUAUGAAACCAGAGACUAAAUAAAGAUGGACGACAUGAAAGUGAAGCCAAAGCGUCUCCAUUGCCCCCUGGUGGCCGGAUGUAGUAUAAAUCAUAAACCCCUGUUUCUAACUAGUCAGAGUAGGGUUAGUUCUUAUCACACUGUUUGUUUAAGUUUUUGAAUUAGUUAGUUGAUGACGCUGAAUGAUGUCACCACCACAAGGUGGCGGUGCUCCGACCGCGGAUAUUUAGGCUUCACUUCUGAUCAGUGGAAGGAAGUAGAGACGUGUCGUCCAUCUUUAUUUACAAUCUGAAGGACAAUUAAAUCCACCACAUUAAGAGCUGUUUCUCUACUUUCUAUGUUUAACUAAUUCGUUUCUAAAUAAUUUGUCAUUUUAAUUAUUAUGGAUCAGCAGUUUUCCUCUGAUCUGAUAUUUACAGUUCCAUGUCAGACGUGUUUGAGUUCACAGGUUUGUGUGUGAAGCAGCCGAGCAUCUGACUGUGAUUGGUCCAGACAGGGUCACGUGUGUGGCUACCUGUCCCUACAUGUCUUUAUCUUGAAUUCAUAGGACAGAGUUUAUAGGAGCGUUUGUGUCGCUGCAGGACUCGUUCUUCUCACGUUCACUAGAGUUGUAUAUUUAGUUUUGCACAGUAAUAAAACAACUGUGGUUAAUAUAUGAGAUAUUCCUGUUGUCAUGACUCAGUAGAUGUAACCUAGUUCUUCACCUGUGUCGUUCUAUCAAACCAAAUUAUACAUGAACCGUGUAAUGACGUCAUUUCCUUUUCCAUAAAUCUGAAGUCAAACAUG